GGAGUGUAUGCUCGCCUUCGCAAAGUGGAAGCAUCUACUGAAUAUUGAAAAUACUGCCAGAUUGAAUCUGAGGUUUGAUUCAAAUGUGUGAUAUAAGAUUCUAAAAUUCGACUGAUCUUAAUCUUUUUAAAAUCAUAUUUCUUUAGUACAUUCAAACUUUAAAGACUUAGUGCAGUUAAGCAAAAGACGAGCUUUUGUAUAAUCCGAUCGCCAUAAAAGUUAUGAAUCCAACAAAUCAAUGUCUACCAAAUAGUGACAACGAUAAUAGGAGUACUAAAUUUAAUCAACCACGCAAUAAAGUUUCUCCAAAAGUUACCAGGAGCAAUUUAUUGAACCAUAAUCCGAUUCCAAAAAAACAUAAGAAGGCAGUUUAUGCAAGAAAUAACAAAGGGCAAAAUGAACAUCCUGUGGAAACAGGCAAGACAAGAGUUAUUAAAAAGGAAAAGUUCAAACUUGAAGACCAUUCAGUAUGGACACUUAAGAAAAAGUUUGAGGUGCUACAGAUUGAGCCAAUUUACCAGAGCUAUAUCAUACAGAUCCAGAGGCCCUUAGUGGUUGGAUAUAUUGGUUUAGCUGUAGCCAUACUACUUGGAACUGUGAUCUACCACAUAGCCAAUGUACAGAGUUUCAGUAAUCAAGACUAUAGGAUUUCACAGUCAGUGUUAAUUGUCGGACAAGUUUCUCUUGCUAUUAUUUUGCUGUGUGUGAUAAAAAAUUCCAUAUACUUAAAAUUCUCAACAUGGAUAUCUGUAGUAAUUUGGAUUUUAUUAUUAGCAAUUUCCAAUAUUUACUUUCACAUACCAAGUCGGAGGCAGACUACGGAUGAUGUGGCUGUUACAUUUUUCUUGAUUUUUAUGUGUCAUGUGAUGUUACCGAUGUCUAAAAUGUUAUCGUUAUGUUUUGGUGGAAUGACCGUUGUAUUACAGAUAACAACAUCAGGAACUUUAUCACCAAAAGAAAAUAUGGUUGCUGAGCUUGUCUCAAACUUUGUUAUUCUACUGAGUGCUAAUAUGAUGGGAAUUGGUCACAAAUAUCUUACUGAUCUACAUCACAGACACACUUUCUUGGAAGCAAGGAGUAUGAUCCAAGUUAAGAAGAAGCUUGAAUGGGAAAACAAUCAAAGGGACGAGUUGUUAAAUAGUUGUAUACCCGGAGACAUGGUAGAAGAAAUGAAGGGGGAUAUAACAGAGAAAAUGUUAAACCAUUCAAAUAAAAAUCCUGAAUUAUAUGUAGAGUCCCAUUACCAGGAUGUUAGUAUUCUGUAUGCUGAUAUAGUUAAUUUUACACCAUUGUCAGCAAAAUGUGAGAGUCCAAAUGAACUCAUCGAUCUUCUUAAUAGGCUGUUUGGAAGAUUUGACCAGUUGGCAGAGAAACACCAGUGCUUAAGGAUAAAGAUUCUUGGUGACUGCUAUGUAUGUGUAUGUGGAGUACCAAAACCUAACCCAAACCAUGCACUGAAUUGUGUUAGUUUGGGUGUAGAUAUGAUAGAUGCCAUAAGAGAAGUGAGAGACGAAUCUAAGACUGAUGUUGACAUGAGAAUAGGUGUACACAGUGGUAAAGUCCUCAGUGGGGUCAUAGGAUUAAAUAAAUGGCAAUAUGAUGUUUGGUCUGAUGAUGUCACUUUAGCUAACAAUAUGGAGGCCAGUGGAAUUCCGGGAAAAGUACAUAUAACAAAGAAUGUAUUAGUUCAAUUAGGAGAUAAUCAUCAGUUUACGGUGGAGAAUGGUAAUGGUCAGGAAAGGAAUGAAUAUCUGAGGGAGAAAAAUAUAGAAACUUUCAUCUUAUCUGUCAAACAGCCGGAAAUACCAAAAAACAGACCAAAGUUUAGUUUUAGAAGUUAUGUUAAAAUGGCAAUGUUCAUCUCUAAAUUACAAUGGAAAGUAGAGAAACCUUUUGCUAAAUGGAAAGCUGUGUCAAAGGCAAUCAGAAUGAGUCCUGGACAGCUAGCUCAGAGCAGUUCAUCAAAAAUAACUAGUGAAAUAGAUAUCAUUCAAAUGGGCAAAAAAUUUCAUGCAGAAGUGAACAUGGAGCUAGAAAACAAAUCAAAACUUCUUGGAAGGAAAAGUAGUUGGGAAGGAAAUAAAGAUUACAACCCUUGGUGGAUGAGGUUCAGUAAAGAAUUAGAGUUAGAGUACAAUAAAGAGCCAGAUCUAUGGUUUAAAGUCAGUCUUAUAUUGUUGUUUGGUGUCUUUGUUGGUAUUCAGAUUGUUCAUGGUGUUGUAUCUGUCAGAGGAUUUGAGUAUUAUGCAAUGUUUGGUAUUGGUAUAACAGUAUUCACAGUACUCAUUGUUAUAAGUCUUGGAGAAAAUUUUAACACUGAAGAAUCUAGUUUUUCAACCUGGUAUUCUAGAAUUUCUCAAAACUUUCUCCUGAGUUCACCUAUUCACAUUUUUACAAUAUGCCUGUGUGCUGUUUUGACUGGAAUUUGUUCACUGAUACCAUUGGUCAGUUGUAAUAGGACUAAAGACCAGAUGCCUGAUGGUUGUAAUAAACCUAUUUAUUUUGUACUAUGCAGUUUUCUGAGUUUAUCAGCCAAUGUGUUAUUUCUACAAAUCAAGUACAUAGUAAAAGUAUUGUUAAUGACUGUUGCUGUGAUAGUAUUUGACAUUCUGUUCCAUACAGACUCGGUAUUCCAGACAGAGGGUACUAUGUCUCUGUCAGUAUUGGGUUCAGUAUAUACAGGAGUUAUGUUUGUGGCUUUAGUAUAUUUCUGUAGACAGGUAGAGUUUAUGAACAGACUUAACUUUCUAUUGAAAGACCAGUGUAGAACAGAGGCUAGGUUAUCAGAGAAUUCUGCCUCACUUAAUAUGAAGUUAUUGGAGAAUAUUCUACCAUCACAUGUAGCUGAAUAUUUUCUAACUGAUCAAGCUAAGGAUCAGGAAUUAUACAGUGAAAGCCAUGAAAAUGUCUGUAUUAUGUUUGCCUCCAUACCAAAUUUUAAGGAGUUCUACCAAGAAAGUGCAGCUAGACAGUGUAUAGAACUACUCAAUAAUAUUAUUGCAAAGUUUGAUCAGAUGUUACUUUUGCCAGAGUUUUCUAAAGUAGAAAAAAUCAAAGUGAUUGGAAGUACAUACAUGGCUGUGACAGGAUUAAAGCCAGAUCUCGGUUCUAAUGCAGAAUCAUCACACAGGUCAAAUGUUGUUACCAUGACGCAGUUUGCAUUGAAAAUGAUGUCAGAGCUUGAGACUAUUACAUCAAACACAUAUCAGUUUAAAUUAAGAGCAGGUAUCAACACUGGUCCUGUAACAGCAGGUGUUAUUGGUGCUAAAAGGCCAUUGUAUGACAUAUGGGGAGAUGCUGUUAAUGUAGCAAGCAGGCUGGAUUCCACAAGUGAAGAAGAUAAGAUACAGGUAACAGAGAAGAAUGCUGAAAUUUUAAUAGAUGCAGGAUUCAAUUGCCAUUUAAAAGGAAUGACACUUUUGAAAGGAAAAGGAGAAAUUGUAACAUACAUGGUUACCCCAUCAUGAUGCAUUACAGUCAGUGUCUGACAUCUAGAAAUCAUCUUAUGCAAGGCACACCUAAAUCCAGUCUUCAGUCUAGUCAAAACAAUGGAUACAAACAAAUGUUGGGAUGUAGAUAUGUCAAAUGUUAAAAAGAGACAACAAUACUGUGAUAAUACACUGGAAUUUUCCUUCUUAUUCAGUGUUAAGUACAUGGCUUUGUAAGAUUUGUGCAAAAAGAUUGAUAUAAGUUGUUAGUUUGGAAACUCAUGAGAUUAUAAGAGAUGAUCAUGACCUUAAUUCUAGUGAUGUAUUUUGUCAAUAGAGACUCAGAGCAAUACAUAGUCAACAUUGUAGUAUUUAACUAUUAGCACUGCCCAUGUCUUUUGUCAAUGUACAUAUAUUUAUAAUUACAUUUUUUGGUAAAUUUAUAUGAAUUAUAAUGUUUAUGAUAAAUAUAAAAAUGAUACUGUGUA